GUCAACAAGUUCGUGCACUCAGCAAUCACCAUUGUUAAGGAAGAAAAAAUUCCCCCUUUUUCCUCGUUUGCAUGCCACAGUAACUUUCGAUUUUAUUGCUGAAAUCCCCACUUCCUUGUUUUUUGUAGCUUUUUUAGUUUAAUUUUCUUGGUCGGAAAUUUCAGAGAGAGAAAGUGGCAUUUAGUUUUUUUGGACUUUCUCAAGAGAGAGAGAGAGAGAGUUGAGAGCUGCUACUGCUAGUUGCUCAAGACGAAUUUGCGGCUCUCGUACGGAGAUUUUGUAUGCUCGUGGCUUUUAUUUCAAAUUCGAGCGGGUGUGGUUUUCUUCUGUUUGGUAAUUCAUCCUAAAGCUGGACGCGAGAUUCUAGGUGUUCGAGCAUCUGGGUUUGUGUUUUCCGGGAAAAAUCUGCUUCGUAAAGUUUGAAAAUUUCGCUUUUCCAGCUACUGGACUCUGACGGGUCAGUCUGGAAUCCGGAGAAAUAUUCUGGGUAUCGCUUGAGAUGUGCCUUCUCUGAUGCUCUGUUCAAUUUUUCUGUUUGGCUUCCGGGAAAAUUCUCUGGGUGUUGCUUGAAAUCUGCUGCUGCAACAGCUGUUAGGUUUGACGAGUUUUUGAUCUGGAUUGAAUCCCCGAAUCUCCAGGUUCGUGUCGACAAGGAAUUAGGGUUUAGUAAAGCUUGUCCCUCUGAACUGGCAAUGGAGGCGACUGAGCCGAGAUGUUCGCGGCUUUGACAUUCGGACUGACGGAUUGUUUCCAUGAAGAUGAACAUGAAGAACUUCCUCAAGAAACUGCAUAUCAUGCCCAAUCAAUCAGAAGAUGCUGAGGGGUCAACCUCAUCUAGGAGCAAUAAAUCAAGUGAUGCAUCAUCACCACCGGAUACAUCGAGGUCCCACCACAGCAACAAUCCUGAGCACAAACCCUUUUCGGGUUUAUCGAAUUGGCUAAGCUCAGUUGGCCAUAGGAAAAGCCCUAGUCCACCAACUUCUUCAAAUGCCAAGAAAAAGGGAUCUAGGAUGGAACACAGUGGUGAUCCUGUUGGAUCGAGGGGUUUAGGUUCUGGGCCGGAAUCUGUAUCUGUGAGGCAUGAUUCGGGUUCGAGUAACAGUAGAGAUCCUGAGGUCGAAGAAGAGUAUCAGAUUCAACUGGCUCUAGAGUUAAGUGCUAGAGAAGAUCCUGAGGCUGCUCAGAUUGAGGCUGUGAAGAAGAUCAGUUUAGGUUCUUGUGCUCCUGAGAAUUCUCCAGCUGAACUCGUUGCUUACCGUUACUGGAAUUACAACUGUCUUGGCUACGAUGACAAGAUCUUGGAUGGAUUUUAUGACUUGUAUGGAGUACUGAAUGAAUCCUCAUCAGAAAGAAUACCUUCCUUAGUUGACCUUCAGGGGACACCUGUCUCAGAUGGUGUAACAUGGGAAGUUGUUCUCGUUAACAGAAUUGGGGAUGCAAAUCUGCUGAGACUUGAACAGAAGGCUCUGGAUAUCGCUGCAAAAUCAAAGUCAGUUUCUUCUUCCGGGUUUGUGAACAGUGAUUUGGUAAGGAAGUUAGCCAUUUUAGUUGCAGAUUACAUGGGCGGACCGGUUGUGGACCCAGACAGCAUGUUAAGAGCUUGGAGGAGCCUCAGCUACAGCUUGAAAGCAACACUCGGUAGCAUGGUUUUGCCUCUCGGUUCUCUUACAAUCGGAUUGGCUCGCCAUCGUUCUUUGUUAUUCAAGGUUUUAUGUGAUUCAGUAGGCGUUCCCUGUCGCAUAGUGAAAGGACAUCAAUACACUGGUUCAGAUGAUGUAGCAAUGAACUUCAUUAAGACUGAUGAUGGGAGGGAGUUCAUCGUUGACCUAAUGGCAGAUCCGGGCACGCUUAUACCAGCUGAUGCGGCUGGGGUUCAUAUAGAAUACGAUGACUCCGUCUUUUCUGCAAGUCCCCGAGAUAUCGAUUGUUCUCAUGUAGCUUCUUCCAGCAGUGGGAUUGGGAGCUCAUUUGAAGAGCAUGCGGAAUAUGGGUCGGGAGAACAUUGCUGUAGGACCAAGAUUUUGGUUGCGGGAAACCAAUCUGAUGGCGGAGGCAAUUUCAGGGCUCACCCAAACACGUCUAAGGAAGAAGAGAGAGGUCCUACCGAUGUUGAAAAGGCUCCUGUUCAAAAUCUCGGUAGCAGACCUAAUCAUUUUUUCAGCCAUGUCAGAACACCUUCAUGGACUGAAGGAGUUAGCUCCCCGGCUGUACGCAGGAUGAAAGUCAAAGAUGUUUCACAGUACAUGAUUGAUGCUGCCAAAGAGAAUCCACGACUUGCUCAGAAGCUUCACGAUGUGUUACUCGAAAGUGGAGUUGUUGCUCCGCCCAAUUUGUUUUCCGAAAUAUAUCCAGAAUCAUUGGAGGCAACUGUCGAGAUCAUAUCUCCAUCUGAAGCCACUUAUGAGAGGCGGCAAGAUAUAGGUCCCGGGUAUUUGCCUCCGUUGCGUCACCCGAGAGCUCAAUCUAGAACAAAUACUCCUCAUGAACAAGUUGCAAACUUUGGAUCGGGUUUCGGGCAUGUGUUUGAUCUGAGCAAAGUUGCUAGUCAGUCUAAUUUAUCACAGUUUGAAGCCUCUUCUACAGAUUAUGCGAGAAAGGUGCCAGUUGCUGCAGCUGCAGCUGCCGUCGUUGCAUCUUCUAUGGUGGUUGCUGCCGCCAAGUCAGCAGGCUCUGAUUCCUCCGUCUUACAACUUCCUGCAGCCACAGUCACUGCCGCCGCCACAGCCACUGCCGCUGCAGUUGUAGCAACUGCUGCUGCCGUGACCAAGCAGCUUGAGCAGAGCUCACACAGUGAUGGGUCUGCUGGCUCUGGAGGACGUGAGCCACGAGGUAGUGGGGAAUUGCAUUACGGACCGAAUUCGGGAGGCGAAAGAGCAUCUGACAGAUCUUUUAGCCAUGAAACUCCAAAAUCUGACGUCAUGCUGGAUGAUGUGGCUGAUUGCGAGAUUUCGUGGGAAGAAAUCGCUUCGGGCGAGCGUAUCGGGCUCGGGUCAUAUGGAGAGGUGUAUCGUGGAGAUUGGCAUGGAACUGAGGUGGCAGUUAAGAAGUUCCUAGAUCAAGAAAUUAUAGGGGAAGCUCUAGAAGAAUUCAAAAGUGAGGUCCGAAUCAUGAAAAAGCUCAGGCAUCCGAACAUUGUACUCUUCAUGGGAGCCAUAACCCGUCCACCGAAUCUCUCAAUCGUUACGGAGUUUCUUCCCAGAGGUAGCUUGUAUAGGUUAAUCCACCGGACUCAUAAUCAGUUAGAUGAGCGGAGGCGUCUGAGGAUGGCCCUCGAUGCCGCUCGUGGAAUGAACUAUUUGCACAGCUGCAAUCCAGUGAUUGUUCAUCGCGAUCUGAAAUCCCCGAACCUUCUCGUUGAUAAAAACUGGGUGGUCAAGGUAUGCGAUUUCGGGUUGUCCAGAAUGAAGCACAGCACGUACCUCUCAUCCCGUUCAACAGCGGGAACCGCCGAAUGGAUGGCUCCCGAAGUGCUUAGAAACGAACCAUCUGACGAGAAGUGCGAUGUGUAUAGCUUCGGGGUUAUUCUAUGGGAGCUUUUCACGCUGCAGCAACCGUGGGGGAAGAUGAACCCGAUGCAAGUUGUUGGAGCGGUCGGAUUUCAGCACCGUCGUCUUGAAAUCCCUGAUUUUAUUGAUCCCGCAAUGGCAGAUCUCAUCGGGAAAUGUUGGCAGACGGAUCCAAAGUUAAGGCCGAGUUUCGGAGAGAUCAUGGCGUGUCUGAAGCAGUUGCAGAAACCUGCGACUGGUCCGAAUAUACCGAAACCAGCUCCAAGCUCUUCUUCUUCGUUACCGACAGAACAGGAAGGGAAAGGGUGACGAGAGAGGAGGACGACAAUGGCGAAGACAUUUUUGGCACGAAGACUGACCAGUUCCACAGAUUCAAUCCGUUGAAAAAAAAAAAGAGAAAUAUGGAUGGGAAAAGAGUUUAGAGGUUUUUGUUGUUGUUGUUGGGGUUCCUGUGUUUCAUGCGGCUUAUGAUCAGAAGUGUUGCAGAAAGAAGGAGAGAGUGAAGUUGUGUUAUGUUUUUUUGUUUGUUUGUGUGGGCGGGUGCUCUGUUACGUUCUGUAAUAAUAAAUAAUGUCAUAAUAAUGUUCUCUGUG